CUAGUUUACAGAUAAAAAAAUCUAAGCAUGAAAAUAAAGCAGAAGUCACUGUGCGUUGGACCCUGUGCAUGUGGUAUAUUGUAUAAUUUUUUGCUAUUUUCUUGACCAUCAACCCAGGCAUUAAUCUGUUGAAGAGUUUUUGUAAUUGUGAAAAAUAACAUUAUCAUUAGGUGAGGUUAGGCAUGUUGCAGCAAUAUCCAACCAAUCAAAUCAUCUUAUUCUUGUUACGCCACGGCCGGCAGAGGGCACUGCGGCGCAGCUUCCAGCAAGACACGUGACACUAUUGUUUUGGUUUCGUUCUCUUCUUGCUUGGACAUUGGCUGGAUGUGCGAGGGUGUAGCUUAAUUAGAGCCAGAAUACUACGCCCGAGAAAUGGAAAUAGCAGGAGAGCCGGAGUCCGGAAAUUUCUUUACUGGAACUUCCAGACGAUGGACGGAUACUAUGCCUGGCAACGCACACAGCAGGAGGGGUACCAAGCUGUGUUAUGGAGGCAACAGGCGGAGUAUGAAGCUGCGUUAUGGAGGCAACAGGCGGAGUAUGCGCUAUGGAGGCAGCAGCGGGAUUUGCGGUGGGAAGAAGCAGACCGGUUGCUCCGCGGUGUGGAGGAAGCGCUUCGCCCCCAUUGCGUGGAGCGGAACAACGCUCCACCUUGCUGCCCUGAGGGAGAUCCAGUCACGCUGCCCAGUCUGGAGCUGAAGGCUAGCCCAGAACUUUUUUUGGGGGGGGCAAGGGUGACAGCAGAGCUCCAGCCUGAGGCCUACGGGGAGGCCUCAGCUGUGGAGCCCCCGCCUGAGGUCAACAUGGCAACCUCAGAGCUCCAGCCUGGGGCCUACAGGGAGGUCUCGGCUGUGGAGCUCCCACCUGAGGUCAACAUGGCGACCUCAGAGCUGCAGCGUGAGGCCUACGUGGAGGUCUCGGCUGUGGAGCUCCUGCCCACCAAAGAAGCUGUCCCGCUGCCCUGCCCGGCCGAGGAGGCAGUCCCGUUGCCCUGCUCAGCCGAGGAACCUGUCCUGAGCACCAGUCCAGGUCCAGCCCCUCCGAGUUCCGGUCCUGUCCCUCCGAGUUCCAGUCCAGGUCCAGUCCCUCCGAGUUCCAGUCGAGUUCCAGUCCAGGUCCAGUCCCUCCGAGUUCCAGUCGAGUUCCAGUCCAGGUCCAGUCCCUCCGAGUUCCAGUCCAGGUCCAGUCCCUCCGAGCCCCAGUCCAGUUCCAGUCCCUCUGAGGUCCAGUGCCGCCGGGAACGCCGCCCAGCGUCCCAGUGCCGCCGGGAACGCCGCCCAGCGUCCCAGUGCCACUGGGGGUGGUGCUCCGCCAGUCUGCUGCCCGGCGGAGACCGCCUCGUUUUCUGUAGCAGUGAAAGACAGCUUUCCCAGGGGCCCAGGACCCCCGUUGGAGGGGGGUUUUUGGCGCUCUGGGAGAGGCACCUUUUGGAGGAGGGUUCUGUUACGCCAUGGCCGGCAGAGGGCACUGCGGUGCAGCUUCCAACAAGACACGUGACACUAUUGUUUUGGUUUCUUUCUCUUCUUGCUUGGACAUUGGCUGGAUGUGCGAGGGUGUAG